CGUGUCACUGGGGCUUCGAUUCAACUAACUGGCGGUCAUAUUUGCUUUUAACGAAAGAUCAGGACUGCAGGGAAGAACUACGUCUCAUGAAAGCCCGGUUUGACCCGGGAAAUAAAUACAAACGUAAACAGAGUCCGGAUCGAGAUGGGUGUGAGGGCAAGAGACACAAGGGGGGAGGGGUCAGUGUCGCCCCCAGGCAGUAUCCCAGCCCUGCCAGAGCACCCAGCCAGCAUGCGGGGGAUGUCGGCGUUCCAACCCUGGUCCCCAACAGUGCUCAACGCCAUCAAGGAGGGCAAGCUCCUACCCACACCACCAGCCAUUAUGAGAGAAGGGUUGCCUGGGAUCCUACCUUCCUAUCUACACACUGGUCCUCCAGUGCUGCUGCACCCAGAGAGAGUGGUGCCAUACUCCGAGUCUGAGAGGUAUGAGCGACACUUCACACCAAAUGUUGCUCUGGCUCCACCACCACAAGAGAAAGGAAAAUCAGAAAAUGGGGAAGUCUCUCCGACCCCGAAAAUAAUCGAAAUUACGGACUCCACCCAGUUAUCUCCCCCACGAAGCAGCAAGGAGUAUCGAGAGUACGACCUCCCCACCGACACAGAUGAUUCCUCCAUAGGACAGUCUUCCCCAUCUGAUGGAGAAGAGGCUCACACAGUUGACGGUGUGCGAGCCGAGACUUCACUGGAGGCAGAAAUGGUGAUGAUCCGGAGGGCCCUUGAUGGGAAAAUACCCAACACUAAAGAAGCUAAAGAUACCUUCAUGCAUGAGUUUUCCAAGCUGCGCACAAGACAAGAGGAGCUCCUCAACACAUUAACAAUAGCCAAAAACUCUCUCCAACAGGAGGUGGCGGCAGUCAAGGGACGUAUGCGGGAUGGAGUUGAGAAGAGACGCAACCUGCAGAAAGAACUGGAACGGAUACGAAUUGAGUGCGAAUGUCGUCUUCAUGACCAAGAAGAAGAGAAAGAGAGGUUGCUUAAGGAGAUCGAUGUGUUGAAGUCCAGAGAUGAAUGUGAGGUUCACGAGAGAAAUUUAUUCAGCUAAACCGUGACCUGGCAAAUCGUCUGAAGCACUUUGAGAGCGCUUACCAUGAUGCGGAACGGGAGAAUGCAGUUUUCCGAGAAGAACUCAAACGAAAGGGCAUCAACGUCUCGGAACUGCUCCAGAGCAAACAAAAAUACACGCUGUGCAACGGAACCACCGGAAAAUCUGCCCCAAGAAUAGUGUCCCCCCGAAAAACUUCCAGAAGGAAUUGCAAAACAGGACUUUGUGUCAUUCCGGCACCCAAAAUGUCUCCCUCCUAAGAGGGAGAGAGAACACGUUAUUGAUUGACUAGAAGAGAGGUCAGGGCAGAGACGCUGUGUACUUGCGUAAAGCACACGAUUCAGUGCCCCAUGUACGUUUGAAUCUUGUGACUGUUUAUGCGGCGACGAUUCAGCACUGUACGGUGUAAAUGUUGUCCAUAUUUGAAGGCUGUGAUUGUUAUUGUGGAACCUUUCAUCCCUUUGAACCAACUUGGACUGUGCCCCAAGCCAGGACUCUACCAUUAUGGUACAGAGGGAUGAUGGGAUGUGCUGAACUUUAUGCUGAGUUGUUAGGGCCAAUGGCCCACCUAUUGUUGUCAUUGUGGCGUGUUCGGUAUUUAUACAGAGUUUGUGUCAUAUUAACAUGCCUCUCGUAUGUUGACAAUGCGCUGGAUGGUGUAGGUUUAAAAAAAUGGCAAACCUUUUGUAAUUUUAUGAACUUAGUUUUUAUUUUACGGGUCGCACUUUAUUACUCUUUUUUUUUUUUCAUUUUAAUCGUGUCUAUUUAUGGUGCUACAGCCUGAUUGUAAUGUUUUGAUCAAAACUUGUGGUCUUAGCUUAGCUAGGUUCACCCUUCCUGUUGAUAUUAAACUAGCAAGCUGCACUCAACUUGACUACACGUUGGAGCAAUGGACCAGAGGAAUGUUGUCAUCCAGGCUGCACUGCUGACCACGUCUCCAGGGUUGCUGUGGCAACCAAGUCAUGGCGAUGUCACCCAAAAAUGUCUCGUGUGCAUGUUAAGAAAAGUAUCGUUUGUCUACGUCACUGUUUGGGCGUGGAUCGUCUUCCCAGUUUUGUUACAUAGAGUAUGUAUGUUUGAGCUCUGGUGUUUCGCAAAGGCAACAAUAGUGCUAUUUUAUAUCUGUUCUGUCUUCUGUGGUUACCGUUGAAAUAGUCUUGUUCUAGUUUGUUCUAGGAGUCUUCUCACUUCAACACAGCACAGCCUAAACUUGAUAGGAAGAAGUACAAAAUCUACUGUAGAAAACUGCUCAUUAAUGAAUGAAAAUAGUGUGUCUGUUGAUGGUGAGGAUGUUGCUUGUAUCAGUGAGACAGCGUAUCAGUUGGACAGUGUUGCAGCUGUAUGAAACAGUGUAUCGGUUGGACAGUGUUGCAGCUGUAUGGAACAGUGUAUCCAUUGGACAGUUGCAGCUGUAUGAAACAGUGUAUCCGUUGGACAGUUGCAGCUGUAUGAAACAGUGUAUCAGUUGGACAGUGUUGCAGCUGUACAAAACAGUGUUGCAGCUGUAUGAAACAAUGUAUCAGACGGACAAUGUUGUAGCUGUAUGAAACAGUGUAUCAGUUGGACAGUGUUGCAGCUGUACAAAACAGUGUUGCAGCUGUAUGCAACAGUGUCAGAAUAACAGUGGUGCAGUUUUAUGAAACAGUAUACCUGGAGAACAGUGUUGCAGCUGUAUCAAACAGUGGAUCAGCUGGUAAUUGUUCCAGUGGUCCUUACACCCAUGGUGUUGAAACUGCAUCUGCAGUGUUGUUUAUAAGAGUGUCACAGAUAAUGUGCAGCUACAUCAAACACUGUUGCACUUGCAGGAAUUGUUACUGAAGCUUUGUCUGUGUACAUGGGAACCUGACAAUACUGAAUCCUUACAGAAGUUGCAUUUGUGUCUCACACAUUUACAGCUGUGUUGACGUUUAAAGGGCUUGUCCAGGAUGCCAUGUUAGUCUUUCCAUGGUGAGCAUAUUGACGAGGGCAUGUGCUGUGUUGGAGUAAGAUCAUCAGUAGAAGGUUCUUUGUCCAAUAUCUUUCUGUGGGAUGUCAUGACAAUGUGUUAUGAAUUGUGUAAUUAGUCAAAAGGCGAGAUAUUAACCUUGAUCAAAUUUCAAGAUGGCAGCCAGUCACUAUCUGACAACAGUGACUCUCUAUUACUUGACAUAAUAUUUGUAUGCCACAUUUACUGUUAAAUCAGGAUAAAUAAGCAGAUCCAGUUAAUCUCUGGGAAGGACCUUAAUCGCAAUCUUUAGACUAUCUAUAAAUAGGAACAUGUUAUUACUUGUGAAAAUACCAGCCAUUUUGGGACCAUAAAGGGGAGAUAACUUGAAUAAGUCUAAAUUUUGAACAAGUUGACAGAAAUCUUCAACAAGUGGUUUCUAGUUUGUUACAGAAAAUUCUAUGAUCUCAGAAGAAAUUAUAACCCAAAUGUCAUGCAGUCAUUAAGUGCAUGUAUUUAAUCUUUAUAAUCUUCAGUGAUGGCAGCAAAACUUUCAUCGACAACCGAUUUUUAAAUCUCUCCAUGAACAUAACCACAUGCAACUCAUUUUCAAAUAUUGUGAAUAGAAGUUUUCUUAAGAAACGAAACUUGUUUUGCAUGAGAACAAUGAUUGCCAAGUUGCUGUCAAUUUGUAGUGGGUCAUCUAGCAAUUGACGAUGAUUGAUUGCCAAGUACAAAUAAUUAAUGACUACUGUGACAUUGAUGUCCACUUUUCAUGUAAAUAUCAUAGUUGAAAUGGUGGCUAUGUUUAGAAGUGUUUGGGGCUUUUUGUCUGUGUUCUUCAAUCCGUGUUCUGUAAUUAUUCAGGAUUUGGGGCGUCAGUCAGCGCACCAACUUGGGCUGUCAUUGAAGAAAGCAUUUUUAAAAAAGUAAUUUUUAAUGUCAUUUGAUUUCAAUACUGUUCAUCCUUUACUAGACUUUGUUACAAAGUCAGAUAAUUUAAUUUUAACUGCAUACUAUUUUGUGAACUUGUACGGUCGAGUUGAAAGCUGUUGCUUUUUCAGUGAGAGCCCUUGUUGAAGAAGAUCACUGAAGUUCAACUUCGUAGCACCAGGGUUUUGAACUGGUAGUAGGUUAACAGAUCACACAUUAAACCACAUUUUAUUUCAAAAUUUCAAAUAAUUUUACAUGAAUCAAGCAGAAAAUCAGUUUCACAUCCAACACCAAAUGCCUGGCAUUAUUUUAUCAUGGCAAAGUUUACUCGACAUUAUCUUUUUGCUUUCUCAUGAGUGCGUUACCAUAAUUGGCAAUGGAGGCAGAGUGUGCAAUUUCUUUCCCUUUGUGAUAAAAGUAAAACCGUUUUACCUCAAUCUACAAAUGGUGGCAGUAUUAUCUUGCAUGGCUAGCUAAUAUGCCCAAAGACAAAAAGAGGAAUUUAUUUUUUUAUUAAUAUCCAUCAUUAAGGAUUAAAUAGUUUAUUAUGCUUGUUGAAAAUUUCAAGUUCUGCUAAUUAGGUAGGCUACGAGUUAUAUAUUUCAUUGGAUGAUUGCAAUUUCUCCAACAAACUUGACCAAAGAAAUGCUUUGUUUGUGCUGCCUAUUGUCUGUUGAAGUUGUAAGGGAAAUAGUUCUGUAAAUCAAAUACAGAUUGUACGGUUAGUGGGAGUUUCAAGACUUCACAGGUGUAUAAAGUCGGUCUUCUUUCCCAGAAUGGUCUACUUUGCCGAGUCCGUAUCCCCUCGCCAUGUUCUUAUGUUCAAACAAUUGACACGUAAGUUGUGAACACGUUUCAGUGUUUCUAAACAUAAUUGAAUUUUAGAUUAAUGAUCCUUUUUACAGACUUUAGGUAUUUGUCUUUGUGUGGUUCUUAAUUUUUAAUUGUUUAUUUUUUUAGAAACAACGAAAGUGAAUAAAACUGAGAAAUGAGUUCCUUUCUUGCAAUAUGAACUCUUCCAUUAACAAUAUAGGGCAUUGAGGAACUGAUCAGUUUAUCGUCUUGGGGGAAGAUUUUUUCAGCAUCUGAAAAUGUUUGUUCAUUGAAAGGAAACAGUACAAUUGCCUCAAGAGUGAAGGAAUUGUGGAUGUUUCAGAAAUGAAAAGCAACAUGAUGAUGGAACACCUUCCCCAGGAAAGAUACAGUGGUCUGUGACUAAACUACAACACAUUAUAUUCAUCUAUAUAUCAAGGAUAGUACAAAAAGCAACCAAUUUAAGGCAUGUGUCUUUGAUAGGAGACCACCAGGCUCACAUAUGUUAACAGGAAACUGGUCUGUUGUAAGAAAUGUUCAAAAGGAGCCUUUGACGGAUUUUUGAUGCCAAUCUGGAAAGAAUUUUUUUUCUUUCUGCACAGAGAAAAUUAAAUGGAAAAGUGAUUUGAUGCUUUUGGUACUAUCCACAGGAAUGAUAUCACCACAAUUGCUUCACGGGUACUCAUUCAUUGUUCAUAGUUUUGAUAAUUGGCGAAAAAAACAUUUCAAACUUCGUUGCCAUAAAGAUUGCCGAUGUACAUUUUAAGAUUACAUGUUAAAGAAGAUUGGUUGCCAUUGGUCAGUCAGCAUGUUUAUUUUGUUCUUUAAACUAGUGGUGUUUUCCAUGUGUUGAAUUGUUUCAAAUAACCAACUUAAAAUCGUAAACCACCUCAUCGUUCACUUCCAAUUAAUAGCACACAGUGAAUGUUCAACCCUCACAGGUCAUUGUCAACUGGACUGACCAGAAUUUCAUGUCCAUCAGCUGUGUUAUUGUCUCGUGUAAUUGUUCCAAUGAUGGACAAGCUGUACUUCCCUUCAUCGCACAAUAAUUGUUCUAGGUUGUGUGCAUCUAUUGUCGGAGAUCAUCCUUGUUGUAAAUGUUAUCCUUGGAGGAAGAUAAUGCUUUAUAAAUAACACCAAUCCCACUAACUUAGUUAUAUAAUGUAAAGUUCUGACCAACUGUGGCAAUUUCAGUUCAUAAAACCAUUAAUUGUUCUUGUACUUGGAGAAGGUAUGAUGUAACUAGAAUGAAACUAAUGAAUAUUCAUGUCUUGUUUUGUAUGAAUAUGUAUAGCAUGCCCAUUAGCUGAGUUCAGAUCAACGUGAUUAAUUCAUGACUUAGUAAAAUAAUCUUUACCUACCUUCAGAAGGCAAGGAACUAUGUGUAUGUAAACUGCCCCAAGUGUAAAUAUUUUGAGAAAAUAUAUCUAUGGGGUGACUAGGGCAAUUUUGGGACCCACCGAAAUAGACGACAGAUGUUUUAGAUAUAUAUUAUGGCAAAACGCUGACAAUUGUAUCAAAACAUGCUAUGCAGGCUGUAAAUAAGUAAAGCAGGCACUUUGCUUAUAACGUUACAUGUGUACAGUGCAAAAUGUGUAGCAUUGUUGAAUUAUGUACAUGUUGAGUCACUUGUGAUUACUGUACAGCGGAUAAUCACUGGUCAUCAGAUGCUUGUGAACAGUUUACAUGUGAAAUUGCUUGUGAACAGUCACUUGUGGAACUGUACACAUAGAUGACUAAUUGUGAACAGUGUACAUGUGAACAGAUGCUGGUGAUACUGUACACACGAUCAAUUACGUUUGAACAGUUGCUUGUGAAACUGUACACACAUACUUUUGUACCUUGUACAUGUGUAGUCUCUCGACAAGUGUACUGUGUACAGGUACAACUGUGAAACUGUACACACAUACUUGUGUACCGUGUACAGUCUCGACAAGUGUACAGGUACAACUAUGAAACUGUACACAUACUUGUGUACCUUGUAUAUGUGAACAGGCUCUCGACAAGUGUACAGGUACAACUGUGAAACUGUACACACAUACUUGUGUACCGUGUAGUCUCUCGACAAGUGUACAGGUACAACUAUGAAACUGUACACAUACUUGUGUACCUUGUAUAUGUGAACAGUCUCUCGAAAAGUGUACAUGUUCAACUGUGAAACUGUACACAUACUUGUGUACCUUGUAUAUGUGAAGUCUCUCGAAAAGUGUACAUGUUCAACUGUGAAACUGUACAUACAUACUUGUGUACCGUGUACAGUCUCUCGACAAGUGUACAGGUAGUGAACCCUGUGACCGUGUACAGUACUGUACAGACACAGGAAUGCUGUGUUUUAUUAGUGUGAAAAGUGUGCCAUAUGUUUCUUCAACUGCAGUCCGUGACCACCCAGCAGUGAGCCGGCCCUGCCGCCAACUGAACACCUCAAACUGUUCUGAGUAUCUUGUCAUUUUCUUUGUACAUUUCAAGACCGUUGUUGUUCACGGAUGUAUAAUGUGAGGUACCAUAGUGUAGUGUACAGGUUAGUACAAAAAACAGUUGCCGUUAAUGUCAAACAGUCGUCUGUUCAUCCCGAACACCGAAUGUCAAGAACGACGGUUGCUGUUUCUUGUUUCUGUGAGUUAUCGAGGGUGUGUUCACAUCGUGUGAACAGAUAAGCACAUGACAGACACAUGUUCACUGUUCAGAGGCGGAAGCAAACAGCACUAGAAUGAACAUUCUUGUUUGGAAUUUCAGUGUAAGCACUUUGUUAUUGUCAAGUGUCUUCAACAAUCUUGAACACAAAUGAACUGACCUUGAAUCGUUGGAUAUUGUUUAUGGUAAUCGGAUGGAUACUAUUUGCCAGGAUGCUAUUCCUCGGAAACCCAAUGCCUGAUAUCGUGUUCAUAGAUUGAUGAACAGCUGACUGUCUUUCUGUCCGUCUGUCUUCAAACUGUGUCUAAUUUGAUUUUGUUGAACUAUUUCUUAAAUGUGGAUGUCAAGAACAUUAGUGAUCAUGGGAUCUUCAUUUUCCUAGCUCAUGCAGGGAGAAUGAAGGCGAAUUGAUGUGACAUCAGUCGUACGUCUCUAGACACUUAAAUCUAUUUAUUUAUUUUUUCAAAAUAUUAAGUGAACUGUUUUGUGCCACAUGAAUAUUUGUGAACUUUGUUUGAUAUUGUUAAUCUUGUGACGAGUAUCGUAUUGUUUCUUUGUAAUGAGCCGGAAGAGGAAUUACAGUAAUGUACGUAUUGGUAUGCUUUAAAAGCAAAAAAUCAUGCUCUGUGGAGCAAUUUGGGAGAAUAAAAACACUUUAAUCGUAGGAUCAUUUUGGCUCGGAGAGUCCAAAACAAUGUAGUUAUGCAACAUUUUACUAAUUUGUUUCUUGAAGUGAGGGACAAAAGAAGAAUGUCUCAAAUAUCUUACAUAAAACAUAAUCCAUCUGUCUCACGGUGUUGUUGUAGCAAGUUUCUUCAUCAUGCAAUUUCAAAUUUGAUCAAUCAAAACCCCAAACAUCAAACUUUUUAGCUAAGAUUUUUUCAAGCUAUUUUGUGUCGCUGGUUUGAUGCUGUCAUUACAACUGUUGAAAAUACGCAUGCGUCAUUGACAAUUACCAACGACCCAUUGCUGUAGAACUUGUUGCUUGUACUUGAAAAUUCAAAUUGUGAAUCAUGAAUCAAUCUCUUGGUGGAAUUUUUGGACAUGGUUAGCGUAAUGCAAGUGUGACAUGGAAUCGGUAACUGUUAGAUGGGUGCCAGGUCUCCAGCACUGGGAUAUAUGUACAUACGAGUCCUUGAACAACAUAGCCGUUUGCCGAAGCUUGUUAAUUUUAUGACAUCACGUGAGUGGAUCUACAGAUGGGGAGCCAUAUGAUGGCCAACCGGUGUGAAACAAUGGCUUAAGGAUACGUGCAAAACUAGGAGUUUGCUCAUCUGGGGUAUCAUCUCAAAAACAACCUGAAUCGGAAACGAGUCAAAAUGUAGUUAUGGGGUGCUUUCAAGACUGAAAUUUGUCGUGCUGGUAGUUUUUGAGAUGAUCCCGUGUAUUAAGAAGUUCUAGAUUAGAAUGCUGAAAGACUACAUUUUGUUUACAACCUGUGAUUUGUCUUCUGGAGAAUAUAAUAUAAACCCUGCAAUUCUUUCCCUGCUGAGCUAAGCUUGAGUUUUGUUUCCUGGCUGCUUGAUGCUUUCAAACACCAGCUUAAGUUACACGGAAUAAUGAUUUGUCAGUCCAUUAUUUGAGAAUGUUUGGCAAUAACUUAUUUCCAAAGAGUGACAAUUUAUCUGAAAGCAGUUUGAAUAAACAUUGAUGCAGCCAUAUUUACAGUGCCAUACUAGGGAAUGCUAUUCAUGGGUCGAAUUAUGCAGACAUGUAAAAUGUAGUUGCCUUUAAGGUGCUUUUCAGCUAGCCUUACAAGAGAGCUUUCAAAAAGUCGAAGGUUAGCUUUCAAGAAUAUUAACGGAGACCCAGUUACAUGCAUGUUUGCUCAAGAAUGCAAUUUUCAAAUGCUUGCUGUUGUUUCUUACGAUUUAUCCAAACAAUGUACAUUUUAGGAGAUGGAAAAAUAAAAUUUCUGUGAUAAGUUUCCCACUGUUACUUCAGCCAACUACAACAUUUUCUAGGCGUGUUUUGUUUUAAUCCGACUUUUUUUCUGAUCCUGAAAGGCAGAGUCACUGUACGAUACUUGGUGAUGCAGAAUACAGAGGGAUGGUUUAUGACAAUGUUGGGGAGAUUUAGCUGUGUAUUGCCAACCUUCCAUAUGUAGGCCUGUCUUGUGAGAUAUGCUUGUGAGAAGCACUGUUAUUUCAAGUAGGGUUACUCUCAAAACUGUUUCAGAUUCUACUUGUUCCUUUGUGUCUGUACUUGCUUAAAGAUUAAAUAAGUGCUAUAUGAUAAAA